CUCAAGACUUCCCACACACACUCAGAGGGGGCUGUCGGAAGAAUUCAGCUUGAGGAAUAGUUCAGUGCGAGAAAGCAAGAACGACAAGACUCCAGCUCUACAUCUGAUUUCACUGUCGGUCUCAUUGAUUCUUCCUCUGGUUCGGAUUAGUGUGUUGUCUUAUGAUUUGGAGGACCAUUUUCAAAGACCAUCCUGCUUGUUUAAGGAAAACCAACACACUCCUUGGGCAAAACAUUCUCCACUUUGGUGCCUUGGCGCAUUCUUCUGCGACAGCAAGUCUGGAUCUCCACCAUCCAUUAUUCUCCAUUCCGCUGCACAAUUAGAAUCUUGAAUGAAGAUGCAGAGGUUGAAGGUUACAAUCUGUCUCACUUUUUUUGCACUCUGCUGGACUUUAACAUGCUUUGACAACGUGGAUGCAGAUGGCAUCAUCAGGCCCGGGAAGACCACCAAAGGUCUCAGAAGACAAGCAGCCACUGCUGAGCAGCAGAGAAAAGAAUUACAGUCAGAAGACACUCAGUUGGACAAACCGAGUGCAGAUGUAGAGGGUAAAAAUGACAAGCCGGGCAGUAAAAAGACACCUGAAGAGGUCCUAGCAGAUAAGGUGAAGAAAGCAGCAGAGAAGGAGGCCAAAGCAAAGAAGCCAAAAGCCCCCAAGCCCACCAAGGCGCCCAAGCCUCCGAAACCAACAAAGAAGCCUAAACCAACCAAAAAACCCAAACCACCAAAGCCAACCAAAAAGCCCAAACCACCAAAACCUACCAAGAAACCCAAACCCCCAAAACCUACCAAGAAGCCCAAGGUAGUGAAGGCCACCCCAAAGUAUGAAGAAAAUGAGAAGGCCAGCUCUCCAUCCAAGAAACCAACCCUGGAGGAUGAGAAGAAAAUUCACACAGAACUUGGAUUGGACAAAUAUCUUCCCCCGAAGAAAGAAUAUCCAAAGCCGACUUCUAUUACCAAAAUCCCGAAAGACCAUGACCCCGAUUACUGGGAUGCCAGAUAUGAAGUUACAGAGCCUGAUCUCCCGCCUAAAGUCAAGAAGGCUAACCCCAUCACUGAGGAUCCCAGCAUAUAUUUACCCAUUCCGGAGGAGACCACAUCCACACCAUUUGUACCUGCGUGGUAUGAAGAAUACGAUUAUUCUGACUUGGCAGCAAAGAAGCUGGAGGAGGAGAUGGAAAAAAAGCGGAAAGAGAAGGAGGAAAAGGCUGAAAAACUCAGGAAAAAAUGGGAGGAGGAGGAGGAAGAGAGAAGAAAGCAAACUCCUGUUUAUGUCGAACCAAAAAACUGUCCUCCAAUGGGCAUGGAGUCGCAUCGCGUAGAGGAUGACCAAAUCUUGUCCUCCUCGACUUCCCAUCAUGGAUUUGCUGCCCAGAGAGGCCGUUUGAAUAUGCAGGCUUCAGAUGACGAGGAAGAUGUUUAUGGAGGGGCCUGGUGUGCGGACAGCGAGGAGAAGGAACAUUGGUUUCAGCUGGACGCACAGCGAGACGUGGAGUACGCCGGGGUCAUCACUCAGGGCAGGGACUCUGAAAAACAUGACGACUUCGUUUCGUCGUAUUUUGUAGCCUUCAGUAAUGACACUCGCGAAUGGACGGUGCUUCACGAUGGCUAUGCUGAAUGGCUCUUCUAUGGCAACGUUGACAAAGACACUCCAGUGAAGACUGAGUUCUCCCAGCCUGUGGUUGCACGAUAUAUCCGAAUAUUACCCCAGAGCUGGAACGGCAGUCUGUGCAUGAGGCUGGAGGUGCUUGCCUGCCCAUUGCCUAAUAGUUACCCGACGGAGAAUGACGUCACGCCCACCGAUGACUUGGAUUACAGGCAUCACAACUACAAGGAGAUGAGGCAGAUGAUGAAAGUGAUAAAUGAAGAGUGCCCUAACAUCACUAGAAUCUACAACGUUGGCAAGAGCUCUCAAGGGCUGAAGAUGUAUGCAAUGGAGAUCUCAGACAAUCCAGGAGAGCAUGAGACAGGUCCAAUCCAUUCUGUUUAUACACAGAUGGGCGAGCCAGAAUUCCGGUACACUGCAGGUCUGCAUGGGAAUGAAAUUCUAGGCAGAGAGCUCCUACUACUGCUCAUGCAGUUCCUCUGCAAGGAGUACAAUGACGACAAUCCUCGAGUGCGACGCCUGGUGGAGGGAGUGCGCAUCCAUUUAGUGCCCUCUCUCAAUCCAGAUGCAUACGAGCUGGCUUAUGAAAUGGGCUCAGAAAUGGGAAACUGGGCAUUGGGACACUGGACCCAGGAAGGUUACGAUAUUUUCCAGAACUUUCCUGACCUCAAUAGCAUCUUGUGGGGUGCAGAAGAAAGGGGCUGGGUUCCCCGCGUUGUGCCAAACCACCACAUCCCCAUACCCGAGAACUUCUUGAAUGGCUCGGUGGCUGCCGAGACAAAAGCCAUCAUCUCCUGGAUGCAGCGAACACCCUUCGUUCUGGGAGCAAACCUGCAGGGCGGUGCGAAUAUUGUGACAUACCCAUUUGACAUGCAGCGACCACCCCAGGCCACCGGCACAGGUGGGCGGCCAAACUACAACAUGAAUGAAGAGACGUGGGCGCGGAUCCAGAGGCAAAACGAAGGUGCGCUGCGCGAGACUCCAGACGAGAACAUGUUCCGCUGGCUGGCCAUGACCUACGCUCACAGCCACCUCACCAUGACGGAGACGCGGCACGGCUCGUGUCACACCGAUGAUAUCACAGGCGGCCAGGGCAUCAUUAAUCGUGCUAGCUGGAAACCUGUUGUAGGCAGCAUGAACGAUUUCAGUUACCUUCACACAAACUGCUUUGAGAUAUCCAUCUUCCUGGGAUGCGACAAGUUUCCGCAUGAAAGCGAGCUGCCUUUGGAGUGGGAGAACAACCGAGAAGCCUUGCUUGCUUUCAUGGAGCAGGUGAACCGUGGCAUCAAAGGUGUGGUAAAGGACACUGACGGGAAUGCACUUGCAAAUGCUACGAUAUCGGUGGAGGGGAUCAGGCAUGACGUCAAAACAGCUUCUACAGGUGAUUACUGGCGUCUUCUACACCCAGGCGAGUAUCGUGUAACUGCGAGAGCCGAUGGCUAUUCAUCUCAGACUCGCUUGUGCAUGGUAGGCUACGAGGCAGGUGCGUCGCGAUGCAGCUUCACAUUAACCAAGUCUAACUGGGCCCGGAUUAGAGAGAUCAUGGCCCAGAGUGGGAAUAAACCAGUUCAGGUGGCCACCAGGACCCAGGCUGGAAGCAGAAGCAAUGCUCGUCCGAAUAAAAACAACCCUGUUGUGGGAGGAAGGGAACGACUGCGCCGUCUGCGUCUGAUGCGUCUGCGUAGGCUGCGGAUGCAGAGGCUGAGAGGCAACAUGACCACCAAUGUAGUGCCCACCCCCACCACCACUACCACCACCACCACAACCACCACCACCACAACCACCACUCCAUUUCCCACCACCACCACAGAGCUGAUAACAGAGACCACUGACUCUUGGUUCGACUCAUGGUUUAUGACAGACAGCACAGAUGUAGUGGAUCCCAUCGUGCUUGAGCUGCCAGAGACAGAACCAACACGAGACUACACCUUUGAGUAUAGAAUAGAUGAUUACUGAGCACAUUCACGCUGUGGAACAGAGUUGGGUAAACGCUUUUGGAUAUUGUUCUAAUGAGUUUGAACAAAACCUAUAUAAAUCACCUUGUGUUCAACUUACAAAAGUGUUUUGUAUUGUCACAUGUUUUUAUAAUAAAAACACCCAGAUUACA